AUGCGCUGUAACAGAGCCCCUGGAGCAGAGGCUCUGGCAGACGCUGACGCGUCGUCGUAUUUCAACCUGGGCACAUACUCUCGCACAGUAACCACCAAGAACAGCGAGGCGCUGACGUGGUUCAACCGCGGGCUGAUUUGGAGCUAUGCUUUCAACCACCAAGAGGCCGUGGCAUGUUUCGAGCAGGCCAUCGCCCUGGACCCGACAUUUCCUAUGGCCCACUGGGGCAUCGCAUAUGCUCUGGGGCCCAACUACAACAAGCCCUGGGGCUCCUUUGACGAGGACGAGCUGGGUCCGAUCAUCGCGCGGGGUUACCAGGCCGCAAGCAAGGCUGCCCAGUACGCGAAGACAGCGGCAGCAACGCCGAUGGAGACAGCCCUCAUCGAGGCCCUCCGGCACCGAUAUCCUCUCGACGGGUUGCCACCAACCUCCAGCAACUCAUCGCCACAACCCUGGGAUGCCUGGAACCACGAGUAUGCCCGCCAGAUGCGUAUCGUGUAUAAGGAGUGGCGCGACGAUUUGGACGUGGUCGCCCUCUUCGUCGACGCCCUGAUGAACCUGACGCCGUGGCAGCUGUGGGACAAUAAGGGGAGGAACCCUGAGCAGGGAAGCAGCGCACUGGAGGCAAAAUCAACUCUUGAGAAUGCCCUGGCGAUGCCAAGAGGCACCCAGCACCCGGGCCUGCUGCACCUCUGGAUACACCUCAUGGAAUUGAGCUCCAAUCCCGAGGAGGCCCUCGAUGCGGCCAACCACCUGCGCACACUCGUCCCCGACGCCGGUCAUUUGGCCCACAUGCCCUCCCACAUCGAUGUGUUGUGCGGGCGCUACCAGCAGGCCAUCGAUGCCAACUCGGCCGCCAUACUUGCUGAUGAGAAAUAUGUGGCGGAGGUGGGCACCCUGAACUUUUACACGUUGUACCGCUGCCACAACUAUCACUUCCGCAUCUAUGCCGCCAUGCUCUGUGGGCAGUCCCAGGUCGCCAUCAACACCGCCCGAGAGCUCGAGUCUACCAUAUCUACCGACCUGCUCCGCGUCGAGUCGCCUCCCAUGGCCGACUGGCUUGAGGGCUUCCUGUCGACAAGCGCCCACGCCUAUGUUCGAUUCGGCUGUUGGGAGACCAUCCUCGAGCUCCCUUUUCCCGAGGAUAAAAAGCUUUUUUGCAACACGACAGCAACUCUACACUAUGCCAGGGGCUUGGCGUAUGCCGCCCUUGGCCGGGUCGACGAAGCCAGAGAGGAGCAAUACAAGUUCCACGAUGCCGAGAAGCGGGUACCCAGAUCGCGCACCAUCUUCAAUAACACGUGCAGGGACAUACUCAAAGUUGCCAGUUUCAUGCUAGGGGGGGAAAUCCAGUACCGCCGUGGUAACACCGCCGAGGCAUACAAGUUUUUGUGGCUCAGCAUAGAUCAUUACGACUCCUUGCCCUAUGAUGAGCCGUGGGGUUUCAUGCAGCCCGUGCGACACGCGCUCGGGGCGCUGCUGCUGGAGCAGGGCUUGGCUGAGCAGGCGAUGGCCGAGUAUAAGGCUGACCUGGGGCUCGAUCUGGCGGUCCCGAGGUCGCGUUGGCACCCGAACAACGUGUGGGCUCUGGAGGGAUAUCACGAGUGCCUGGUGCGGACGGGCCGGACAGAGGAAGCAAGAUAUCUCUCUGUGAAGUUGGAGAAGGCGCUGGCAUUGGCCGAUGUGCCCAUCAGGUCUUCAUGCUUCUGCCGGCUGACGUGUAUUGAUUGA